AUGUCACCGUCUGCAAUUCCCGCAAAUGACAAUCAAAACUUUAAAAUUUUUGACGUUCGUCAACAAGAAACCGCCAAACUUCAUUUGGUUCGUGAUAUUUUGAAGGGGCUUACUCCCGAGCCGUCUUCAGCUAUGAAGUCUAUCCCCACCAUAGUUCUUUACGAUGAUCGAGGUCUACAGUUGUUCGAUCAAAUCACGUAUUUAGAUGAAUAUUAUUUGACCAAUUGUGAGAUCGAUAUUUUGAAUCGGAAAGUUGAUGAGAUUGUAGCUUAUGUCAAGGACGGAAGUGCAAUAAUUGAAUUGGGCGCGGGCUCACUUCGUAAGACACAACUCAUACUCAAAGCGUUGGAGAGCAAUAAAAAGGAUGUAACUUAUUAUGCUCUCGAUCUCAUGGAAAACGAGUUGCGGAAGUCUUUGUCAUCUUUGGGUAGUUUUUCAAACGUGACUCUUGUGGGUCUUUUGGGUACCUAUGAAGAAGGGAUGGAAUUUGUCUCGAAAUUGACGAAAGAAACACCAAAAAUGAUCAUGUGGCUGGGAUCUUCUCUCGGGAAUUCUAAUAGAGAUGAAGCUUGUCAAUUUGUCGACACUUUUCGUAAACAGGCCAUGAAUGUCGGUGACCUUUUCUUGUUUGGAAUUGACCGACGAAAUGAUCCUAAAAAGGUGACGAUCGCGUAUAACGAUUCGAUGCGAGUUACAGAAGAAUUCAUCAUGAAUGGAUUAAAUCACGUGAAUUCCAUCAUUGGCGCGCCUUUCAUUGAUCGUGAUAAUUUUGAAUAUUUCGCGAGAUACAAUAAUGAAGAAGGAAGACAUGAAGCUUACUACAAAUCAAAGAUUGAUCAAACAUUGGAAUAUGUGUCACCAAACACAAAAGCAACUACGAAAAUCAUUUUGGCAGAAGGCGAACUUAUUAACAUCGAAUAUUCUUACAAGUACGCGCCUUCAGAAACCAUUGAAUUGAUACACAAUACUCGUAUGGUAUUGGUCAAAAGCUGGCCAGACCCGCAAGCGCUUUAUGAUUUGCAUCUUGUUCAAAAACCGCCAUUCCAUUUUCGACGUGAUCAUCAAACAUCAGUUCCAUCCCUUGAAGAAUGGCAUGAAUUAUGGAAAUCAUGGGAUACUGUUUCCAUGACUAUGAUUUCCUCGCAUAUGCAUUUAGAAAAACCGAUAGCUCUACGUCAUCCAUUCAUCUUUUACAUUGGACAUAUUCCCGCAUUUUUAGACAUCCUUUUAGCUCGAUAUUUUAAAGAAGAAUAUACUGAACCAGCAAAUUUCGCGGAUAUCUUUGAACGAGGCAUCGAUCCUGACAUGGAAGAUCCAAGUCUCUGCAAUCCGCAUUCCAUCGUCCCUGACAAGUGGCCUGAUAUUGAUUCCAUCAUAAAAUUCCGUGAUCAAGUGAGACAAAGACUUUUAAAGGUCUACGAUGUUCAUCAUAAAAACACGUCACGUAGUCUAGCACGUGUACUUUGGAUGACUUUUGAACACGAAGCAAUGCAUCUUGAAACUAUUCUUUAUAUGCUGGUGCAAUCAAAUAAUACCCUACCUCCUCAAGGUGUCGUGCCGCCACAUUGGGAAUCAGCGGAGAGAGACGCCCCAGAAGCCAGAUUGAUUGAAAUAUCAG